AUGAAAAAGCAGCAAUUGCAACCCCCAUCGCAGCGCAAGGAUCUGUUUAUCGUGUCCCUAGGCCCCGAAAUCAGCAAGCUCACUGCGGAGACCCCGCCUCGCCCUGGCCUAUCCGUCUGCCGUGUCGCGAAAUACGACCACAGCCGACACCUAUCCUUCAUCUCAUGUCUGCAGAUGACGCACACUGGGCUCUUUUUCAACUGGUACCCGUCUUCAGAGCAAAACAGGCCUUCUCAGCCUGCACGGCACAUGGUGAUGAUCCCGCCUCAGCCUCAGCAGGCAAAUCAGAUCCGUGUGCCUGUUCAGCUUGUGCCAGCUCAAGGCGUGGAAGGGCAGAGUGACUUUUUGCCCGGGCUGGAGCCUGUUGAGUCUAGUGAUGAUGAUGAGCCGGCUGGCCCGCCCUCACUGGUUGAAACGCACGAAGAGGACGAGGACGAGGGGAACGAUUGGGAGGGAGGGGAUCUCGUAGUGGAUGAAGACGUCGAUGAUUUUGAGAUGGAGGAAGUGGAGGAUGGGAUGAUCGAUGAUUUUCAGUUCGGUGGUGAUGGUUUUAUGCAGGUCAUCGUGAAUGAUUGGUUCCUUCCUAUCAACUCGAGCAUGGUGCAUUGCAUACAUGUUUGA